AUGUUGCUGAAGUCCCUUCUCCUGCCUUUGGCGUUGCUCCAGGCUACGAGUGCGCUUUCCAUCAAGAGUCCUCAGGUAGACGCGUCCGAUAAGCAUCAGCUACAGGCGAGGGCGUGGGUUGCUCAGUCCUUCCCCACAGAAACCGUAUCUAACCGUCUCAGUGAAACAAUUGAGGUUCCCUUCAGCUGUUUGGGUUCUCAAAGCCCUGGCAUCUGCUUCACUGUGGCAGCUGUUGGUGUGACUUUGUACAAAGUCGGGAAUUUUCUUCACUACCAUGCCGUCCAUACGACCAACUCGCAGGCCAGAGGCGUCGUGGACUUCAUCUUUGCGAAUGGGAAAGUGCCUAUCGAGUAUGGCCCAGGCAUUAACGGUAGGCCUGGGAAGAUGUUCGUUGAUUCACGUAUGGGCCCAGGAGUGAAGCUUCAGGGGUAA